CUGUUUCAGGAAACGGUGGAAGUUGUUCGGAAGAUAUGGUCGGAAGAGUUCUUCUCACACCAAGGCACCAACUACAGGUUCCCCGUUCCGGAUACCGUAUUCUCCCAUCCGUCCUACCCGCCCGACCCAUACUGGCAUGAGGACGGGCGAGUAACCCGGCUGCGUGUAACGCCCCGACCUUUCCAGAAGCCCCAUCCUCCCCUCUGGAUGACCGUAUCCACUGAUCGAUCAGUGGCGACUGCCGCCGAAAUGGGUCUGAAGGCCUGUUAUUGGCAACCGCCGCCGCUUCGCUUGCGGGAGCGGAUGAAACUCUAUGCUGAGGUCAGGUCGGAGGUCGAGGGGCGUCCCUUCAGCCUGGGGGAAGACCAGGCGGUAAUGCGUUCUACUUACGUUGCCGCUUCAAUGGAAGAGGCCCGGCGGGAGGCCGAGGCGGGAAUCAUGUCCGCAUACAUAUUUAACGAUCCCUUUCGGGGGAAGCAGGUAUUUACCAACCCCGGGGAAGAAUUGGAUGCCGAAGUGAAGCUGGAUUGGGAUUUCCUGGAACCGCGCACGUUGUUGGUGGGAUCUCCAGACGAUGUCGCCGAAAAGAUACAGGAAUUGCAGGAAGUGUGUAACCUGGACUACCUGCUGGUGGAGUUUGCGCACUCGGGAAUCUCCUUGAAGAAAACCCUGCAAAAUCUGGAGAACUUUGGGACCAAAGUUAUGCCGCGAUUCAAUGCUUGUUUCGCCCACCCUGACGACGAGGCAUUUCCCGUGGGUGGGGCCCUGGCGGCCCACGCUUCCCGCGGAGUACAGAUUCGCUUGAUUACGGCCACGUUGGGCGAGGAGGGCGAGAUCCGUCAGAGUGGGUCUGCCACACGAGACACCCUGGGAUCGGUGCGGCGGGUUGAACUGGCGAGGGCAGUGCGCAUUUUGGGUCUGGAUGACCACAUCGUCCUGCACUAUCGGGAUUCGGGAAUGGUGGGAACGCCUCCCAAUGAGCAUCCUCAAGCCUUUGUCAAUGCUCCCGCGGAAGUGGUGAUUGAACGGCUGGUUGAGGAGAUUCGACGCUUCCGGCCACAAGUGGUGCUUACUUUCGACCCGGCGGGCCUUUACGGGCAUCCGGACCACAUUGCCAUAUACCAGCACACCACUGAGGCCUUCAAACGGGCCGCCGACCCCACGGCAUAUCCACAGCAUCUGAUUAACGGAGUGGAGCCCCACGCUCCACAGCGGCUCUAUUACAGCGCACGCCCUAGAGGGUUCAGAAUGGAAUGGGCCCAGACCUUGCGGUCCUACGGGAUUGACUUUCCGCUGCCUGACCCAAAUCGGGCCAAUGAUGGGGCUCCGCCGGAGACAUCAGUCGAAGUGAUGUGUGCUCUAGCCCAGAUGGAAGUCAAGAUGGGUUGCAUCCUCAGCCACAGGACACAGGUGGCCCCUGACUGGCCCUAUGACCGGGUGCCACGAGAGGCCGCCAACAAGAUAUUGGGACGGGAGUACUACAUUCGUGGAUGGCCUCCAGUAACGAACGAUGAGACGGUCUCCCCCGACUUUUUUGCGGCCUUGUCUGAGGAAGACUAG